AUGACGCAUUUUCUCGAUCGAGUCCGAACUGUCCUUCGGGGAGGUAAACGAGGCUGCUCAAUGUCAACUGUGCCCAAAGCUUCGGGAUGGACGCGACUCCCAUCUCAUGUCUUUGUUGCGAUCCUCGCAUCUUGUGAGCUGAAGGAUAUUGGUUCUUUAUCUCUUUCGUGUCGAGCACUACACGACCGGGUUUUGAAGCUGGAAUUUGCCAUAGCAUGGGCAUACAUUCAACUUCGAAAACAGAUGCGUCAUCAAAGCCAUUACAUUCAUGGCACCCUCAUUGGCGUGGCUCAUGAUAACGCCGGAUACUCUCUGGGAUAUCUCGGUGAUCUGAAACGAUGCUGGAAUACUUGCAUCCGACUCUCGUACCACCUGGCUGAUCAUGUGGUUGAACAUCAUCUGGAGACCGAUCCAAUAGCUAAAGUUUUGUGGUCGUCUUCCAAGACCGAGAAAGAAGUUGUCUUCAGUAAAGCCGUGGCUUCGUUGCAAGCCAAGCUUUUGUACCCGAUAGCCUACGCAAUUUUCUUCUUGGAAACGUCUGCAUCUCCUGACUCUGACUCGGAUAAUUCGCUGUAUCAUAAAAUGAUGAAGGUUGCUUCUAUUGAAAGACAACAAUCAAUUCUUCAAAAUGCACCUUUCGACGAUAUGCAUGUAUUUCUGUCGACCCACCACUGCAUGCAGCUUCUAUUUUCGACUGUCCAGCGCUUGAUGGGCCCUGAAAUCUCCCAUUCUACCGCUGAAAGCUGGGUCAGUCUCCUUCUCACCACUUCAACCAUGGAGAGGAUAGUCAAAUUUUUUGUCUCCAUCGCAAAGGAUGACCAAAGAAAGCAAAAAGGCGAACAUGAUUCCACGUGGUCUCAUAGAAAGGAGUUUUUGUGGGCGAUGCGACGAGAUUUGAACGAUUACAUGGCCUCUUUCAGUGAUCAUGGCGAACAACUAACCAUCGAGCCAAAGCUUAACCAUGUCUGGUUCCACGCAGCAUGCAAAGAGAUGGACCGACGAGGAGCAAUUCCGCAUACUGUCAAGGAUACAGAAGUGCACGUUCUCCAUGGGUCUGUUGUGAAAUUGGAAUGUGAUUACUGUUAUGAUUGUUUUGACGAAUAA